GGGGCGAUGGGAAGAUGGCGGCCGGCAGCAGCGGUGGCCCUGGUGCUCCGUGCCGGCACCACGCGCAGCUGGGAGCCUGCGAGUCGCGCGCCAAGUACCGCGAGGGGUGGCGGCCGCGUGCCGUGAAGGGAUGAGCUGCUUGGCUGCCUACUGUACAUAGUGAGCCAUCAAAAAGCUUUGCGUAGAGUCUAUUAUGUGACAGUCACUACACAAAGCAGAAGAGAAUGGUUGGUUCAGUUUUUAAUCUGCUGGGAGAAGACCUGGUUUCUCUCAGCAUCCAGAUUUUAUCUGUGUGUCUUAAAAACGUAUGCGGUUGGAUCACCGUGGCAAGGAGACAACUCUGCACACAGAGGAUAUACCCCAGGGAAUUGUGGUAAUUGUUUUUUAACUCCCUGUGUAGAAAAAAGCAGUUUUCCUCACCUACAUGACUUCUUUGCCGAUGAAGAAGACCAAUUUUUCAGGGAUUUUUUCUCAUAUGAACUGGUUACUGGUACAUCUUGCAUGGAAGUUGGCCAGAGACAUAAGAGAUUUUACUCAGCAACUGGCAGUAGUACUCUGACCUUGUGCAGAAAAGUCAUCUCAUCUGUGUUUUACUAUGCAUGAGAGGCACGAGUUCAGCUCUUGCUCAGUGAUGAAGAGGCCCCAAAUAACCAUGGAUUUUACUGUCCUGCAAAGCAGAGUACAUAGGGGUUUUCAGCAUCCUGAGAGGAUUUGGAGAAAACCAUAAAACAUGGAGAAAAUGCGUGCCUUUUGCAAUAAAGCAAGAAUGGGAAUGGUUUUGAAUAGUCUUUGUUUUUGUUUUUUUUCAGGUUUACACUAUCAACUUGGAAUCUCGCUAUAUACUGAUACAAGGAGUUCCUGCAUUAGGUGUUAUGAAGGAAUUAGUUGAACAAUUUGCAUUAUAUGGUGCCAUUGAGGAAUAUCAUGCUCUAGAUGAAUAUCCAGCAGAACAGUUUACUGAAGUGUACCUUAUAAAAUUCAAAAAACUGCAAUGUGCAAGGGUGGCCAAGAAAAAAAUGGAUGAACGAAGUUUCUUUGGUAGUUUGCUGCACGUAUGCUAUGCUCCAGAAUUUGAAACAGUCCAAGAAACUAGAGAGAAGUUGCAGGAUAGAAGAAAGUAUAUAGCAAAAGCAACAAAUCAAAGAGAUUGCUUUAUUUUAAAGAAAGUAGAAGGCCCUAAGAAGACAGCCUCAAAUAACUCUGAGCAUGACUGUCCAUGGAGUACAUCAGGAUCAAGUACAGCCAGUAACUGGGAUCCAUCCUGCUUUACAAGUUCUCCUGGGGUAUCCCACAACACAGCAUAUCCAUCUGGGAAUCAGAAUCAGAGCCUGUUAACAUCUCCACACUAUGAUAACAAUUGUGCUGAAAUUUCUGGGUACUUUGGUCAAAACACAUCUUUAACUCCAAGUUACACUCCACCAGCUUCCUUAAUGCAGCACAGAAUGGUUCCAGCUUGCAGUGGAAUUGACAGGUUUAUGCCUCGUACAACUCACCUACAAGAACGUAAGAGGAAGAGAGAAGAAAGUAACAAGUUUUCCCUCAUUGGAACAAGUGAGGACAAUACUGAAGUUGUUAUUGGUCCACAACUACCAGAAAUACCUAAAGUGGAUAUGGAUGAUGAGUCUUUGAAUACUUCAGCUACAUUAAUUCGAAAUAAACUGAAAGAGGUAGCAGAUUCUGUUUCAACAUCUGUGGAAAAGCCAGAGAGCAGCUCAGCCAAACCAGUUCUAAAGCAGAGAAGAAGAAUAUAGAUACUGCUGGCAGCAUCUUCCAACAGUCCUUUUGUAAAGAAUAUAGUUUAAAAUAUGUAUUUUUUUAAUGUAAAAAAUAAAACUUUCUUUAUACUGUA